GCAGCUUAUUUUAAGACAUUAAUACAUCUUUGAAGCUCUCGUGGGUCUCUUAAGUACAAUGAUGGCAACCAAAUAAAAACUAAUUAAAAAAGCAACAUUCUUAUUUACCCCAAUUAAAACUAAAAGGUGGAAAUUAACACAUAAUAAGACUGUGAUACUUGUAUUAAUGAAACUACCAUUUUUUCUCCUACCAAACAGGUUAAUCUGCUACAGACUCUUGUUUGUAAUAUUGCAACUAAAUAUGUUGGCAGUUCACCCAUUUAAUCAAUGAACAAACAGGAGCUUUAGUAGCAUGUGGAAGAACCAUACACAGCCACAACAGCCUGACACCGGGGACAUGGAGGUUUACCUGAGAGUCCUGAUUUCAGAGCAAGAGUUUGGAUCAUUAAGCUCCAGACUUCAUAAGUAAAACAAGAAAAUCAACUAAAAUGAGCAUAAAAAAUGUAGUAAACAGCGUAUUUUCUCUGACCGGUCACUGAGAGGAAGAAUGCAGGCAUUUAAAAAUAUACAAUACAAAUACGAGCAAUUAGUGGCCAUCAYGUGAUACACUGACUCAGUCGGGUUAAUCUGAAGAAACAGUGGGCUGGAGUAUCAGAGGGGUGAUAUCCAACAACCUCAUCUCUGCUACUGAAAGCUGACACUGUUACCAUGGCGAGGAAAAGCAAAGGCUGAUGGGAGUUUUGAAGGAAUGCWGUUGGUUCAAGCUUCUUUUCCUUUGCCGUCUCUUCUUUACUGUCUUACAUCGGGGCAACUGUGUGAAAAUACUGCUGAUAGGAGCUGCUCAGCAGGAAGAUGUACUGAUGGGAGGACAGGUAACCCUCUGUAGGUCUUUGGCCUUCUGAUCCAUGAGCUGCCAGGAUCCGGACCACAGGCCAAACCACGGAGCRCAGCAGUGAUUUCCAGAGCCCCACUCCUCCUAGAGGAGGAGGAGGAGGUGCUGAUGAUGGGGCAGAGGGAGACCACCAUGUUGUCCGGGAGCUGUGGUUCAUGGCGGUGAUGUCGGCCGUCGCUCUGCUCCUGCUGGCUGUGCUGUUAGGAGUCAUGCUUCACAGAGCCCUUAACAAGGCCCCCCUGACUAGGGAGAGACCCCCUCUGGUGGCCCUCCCCAUGCAGAAGAGGAGCCCCAUGGCYGUCUAUCCACCCAGCAACUCAGUCUUGUUUGAUACGGUUCCUGACACAUCAGGCUUUUCCAGCAGUGUGACCCUGAAAGGUUUCUCCAUGAAGAUAGAGGAAGUUUUAGAAGUUAAAUGCGACCCCGAUGAUGAGGGGCCACCUGAGGACCCCCUGGGCGAGCUCAGUGUGAACUCCCUGAGACGCAGCGUCAGCCAGGUGAUGGAUGGGAAAUCUCUCACCGGAGAGGACGACGUCUGGGACCCCCACAUCUCGGGCCAUGACAGCGGGAUGUUCAUGGAUGAUGAGGAGUUUGUCGACAGCAUCAAAGGUUUCAGCACGGUGAGGAAGGAACACACCAUGUUCACCGACACCAACCUUUAAGCCCGACUGGACUCCGGGUCAGGAUGGAAGAAGACGUUCUGAACGCAGAGCUCACAGGUCCGGGUCACGCUGAUCGACUUAAAACAGCGUGACUGUCGGUGAAAACAUGUCUAAAGAUCGUGGAGGAAAAGAGAAAGGGGAGACGUUUCAAAAUGACUGGAUUAACUGUGAGAGGGGACGGAGAGAYGUUCCUGAUGGUUCAUCUGGAAGAACGUUUCUUACUGUGGGAGAGACGUGUGCUUUUGUAGAAAACUUUUCUGAAUUAACACAAAACACUAAGAAACAGUCAAAGCAAAUAAGCUUAAAACUCAUACAUUAAACAUUUUGUGUCCUAUA